AGAGUCAUGUGAGAUUUGGAAUCUUCCAGAACACAGCAAACAUUUAGACAAAGAUCUUGUAUAUCGAAACAAAUUUCUUGCAAAGAUUUUUUCAGUUUCUGUCUGGACGCUGGAAAACUUGCAAUUUUUUGUGAGUAUAGUUAUGAAUUGUCUAUUCUUCCAAGGAGCUUUGAAAAAUUGGUUAGUUACUCAGGGGACAGAAUCAUGACAAAGUAUCAACGCGUGUUGAAACUACUUGAAGAGAGGAAACAAACGAGAGAAGUUAUUUACAAAAAAAUUGCUCGCUGAGGUUACUUUUACAACGUGAAGUAUUGGAAGAUAAUCGAAUUAUGGAAUAGAAUAAAAAUGGACGAUUUCUGGAUUCGCUUGCGAAGGGAAACAAGAAGAGAACAUAAUGUGAGCAAUACCCUGGUAAACCUAACCCUACCUUUUGCACUAUCAGACCGUCGCGUAUACGUUAAGGCGUUAGAGUCCUUUUAUUAUGUCUACUCCACCGUUGAAGAGGAGUUUGACCGCCAGAGAAGAAAUUUUCCUAAAAUAGGGGCUCUUUACUUUGAAGAGUUGAGAAGGAAAAAGUCUUUUGAAAGGGACCUUCAGUUUUUCCUAGGAGACAACUGGCGCCAAUUGUUACAGGAACCCAGUCCGACAGUGACGCGAUAUAUUGAUCAUAUUAGGCAGGUUUCUUCCGCAAAACCUUGGCUUAUACUGUCUUAUGUGAUAACUUUGUAUAUGGCGCUUUUCAGGGGAGGUUCUGUUCUCCGUAAAAUUUUGGUAGUUUCCAUGGCUCUCGAUAAAAAUUCUGGAGAGGGCCUCGCAAUUUAUGACUUUUCAAAUGUUAGUGAUACAGAUGCUUUCUUUAAGAAGUAUGUUGAAACAGUUAAUGCUCUAACUCUGUCGGAAGAACAAAAAGAUGAAGUUAUUGAAGAGAAAAGAGCUAUUUUCUUGUGGAACGAUGAGAUAUUCAAUGAAGUGAGGAAUGGUCCAUAUUAUAAGGCUAUUUUAUGGAGGUUCUUUUGGUCCGUGGUUUUCGUUGUUGUUGUUGUUAUCUUCUUUUUGAAGAAAAGAAACUACUGGUAGCCUAUAAAAUGAAAAGAGGACUAUGUGGAACAAGAAGAGUGUUUGUAGAAUUCAUUGCAGGACGUAGUCUUCAACGUUCACCGCUUUUCAGAAAGGAGGCAUUCCAGUACAUGUUUGGUUGUUUCAAGCAGAACAUUAAAGAAUUAUGUUUCGUAUAACUAUUAACUUGCAAAACGUUGUUUCGU